AUGGCCGCCGUUGUUCAGUCGUUGAAAUUUCACUUCUGCCUCUUCUUCUUGGCGGAUCUUCUAGCUGAGAUCAACGCUCUCAACCGGUUUUUCCAGCGACGGAAAGUUGACAUCACGCUCGUGCACCAAGAGGUGGACCGCACGAUUGGCUACAUCAGGAUGCGCUACGUGGAAUACGACACCACUUUCGGAGGGGGAGUCAGCAAGCUGUCGCCAUUCAUCGCACGGCUCGCCAGCGGGAAACGAACGAUCAAAGUGGACGGCAUGGAUGCGGAGGGCGAGCCAACCUCGCAUGAGAUCGAGCUGAGCGAGGCGCCGCUUCCCGGACACAAGUACGGCGGCUCGAUGCCCGACUGCAUCAAGCUCUGCAAGGCGUUCGCGCUGGAGGUGGCGACAGGCCUUCACAACCGCAAGCACAGCCUGAACCAGAUGGAGGGCAGCAGGCUUUACAAAGUUGAGACGUGGCCAGAUGCGACAGAGAAGCGGGAGCGUCGGGUGGUGAGUUGGCUGGAUGCCAACGCGCGUCUCUUCAACAACCGGCUGCCAGGUGAGGUGUUGCACACGUAG